AUGAAGGAGGAAAUCCAGAUUCGGUUGCCGGAUGAUCCAAUUAGGGAAACCGGGGAAACCGGGGAAACCGAUUCGAGUCCGAAAGAGAAAAAGGAGAAUUCCGCUGUGAUCGAGCAAAACCCGAUCAACGAAGAUCAAAACCCGAUCAACGAAGAUCAAAACCCGAUCAACGAAGAUCAAAACCCGAUCAACGAAGAUCAAAACCCGAUCAGCGAAGACCAAAACCCGAUCAGCGAAGACCAAAACCCGAUCGAUGCUGGAGAGACGAAGGAGGAGGCAGGAGAGAGGACGGAAAGCGAUCCAGCGGAAGCCCAUCUCGACGCCAGUUCCUCCUCGGAAGAUGCUCCCGCCCAGGCGGACCUCCCUGCCAGCCCUUCGUCUCUCCCCGAUCCUCCCGGGCUCCCAUCGCCCGCAUCGCCCACACCAGUCGCUCCCCCACCUUCAUCCGCGCUUGUAUCUUUCCCUGUUUGCUCCAACAAACACGCCGCAUAG